AUGGAUUUGUAAUUGGAAGAACAACAAUUCUUUGCUAAUCACUCACUAUCAAGUAUAUUUCUUUUAAUUAGAUAGUCUCAAGUAGGUAUACAGAAAGAAAUAAUCCUUUACAUCUUUAUCAUCCUACUCAUUAAAUUGGAAUUAAGCAAAUACCUGACAUAGAAAAUUAAGAAAUCGCAUUUGAAGAAGUUAGUAUCUAAGAGUAAAUCUCGCAACACAACCUGUCUAAUCCAAUAACAUCAUCGGAGAAGAAAAGCUAGAUUCAGCCCCAAGUCAUUGAAGUUAAGGAACCUCAAUUUCGACAACAGUAAGAAAGGAAGAGUUAAUACAUUCCUGAAAUCGAGGAUCAAAAAAACAUUUUGCAUCUAAUUAGAAGGAAAAAAAUAUUGUAAAAAUUUAUAACAAAAACACGAUCCAAGGCAUACAUUUUUUCAUAAUUAUUAGCAGAUUAAUUUAAGAAAUUAUAAUUUGAAUAAUACAUUCUUCGGAAUAAACAAAAUACUUAAAGUGUAAACAAUAAUGAAAAGUUGAAAACAAGUAAGCUAAAUUUCAUCCCUUUGUUUUAUUCUCAACAACCGUUUCUUAUAUUCUGGGAAUUCUUAAUAUUUAUACAAACUUUAUAUGUAACUUGGUGGGGACCAUUUACUGUAGUGUUCGAGAGCAAUGUUCACAUCAAUACGAUGAGUGAAAAUAUUGUUAUAUACUUUGGAUUAAUUGAUAUCUUAAUGACGAUGAAUAAAAGCAUAAUAUAUUAAGGGUAGAUUUUAGAUGACAGGGGGAUUAUAAUAAAAUAGUAUUUGUAAAAUUAAUUCGCACCAGAUCUUAUUUCAUUAUUUACAAUUUGCUCUAUUGAUAAUAGAAAUUACGCCUAAGAGCAAGAAUUAAUCUUCAUAGCUUUGGCAGUCAUCUUGAUCUACAUAAAUUAGAAAAGAAUAAUGAAUAUCUUGGACAAAAUACAAGAGUCUUUUGAUGUGCAGUAGGACGCAUUAGAUUUGAUCAAGGUGUUAUUGAUUAUUGGAUAUUUUGCACAUAUCAGUGCAUGCAUCUGGGCUAGGAUAUCGAUGAUUAGUGAAAAAUCUGGUUACAUGUCUUGGAUGAGGUUUUAUGAGGUUGACAAUCAAUCUUCAUGGAUUCAAUACAAUUUUUCAUUCUAUUGGGCUACAAUGACAAUGGUAACUGUUGGAUAUGGGGAUAUCACUCCACAAAAUCAAUACGAGAUGUUGUGUGCUAUUCUAAUCAUGUUCAUAGCAAGUAUCAUAUUUGGAUAUUCCUUAAAUUCUAUUGGGAUAAUCUUGAAAAAUAUCAAUGAUAGACAAUAGAAAUUUAGGUAAUCUUAUAUUUUAGAUAGUCAGAAAAUCUUAAUUGCUAAUAAAUUCUUACAUGAACAAGAACUAAGUGAGUCUGUAAUUGUAGUGCAAAGUGAGAAACUAUUUGAAAUAUUAUAUUGAAUAGGAUAGCGUUUAGAAUGACGAAGAAGUAGUGUAAUGUUUAAAUAUGAGUAGUUGAAUUGUUUGCUUUCUAAAUUGUCUCCAGGGUUGAGGGAAGAAUUGUUAUAUGAUAUUUAGAAGAAGCCGUUGAAGUCGAUGGACUUCUUCUUGAAGGAUUUGUCUCCGCAGGUCCAGAAACAAAUAGCCUAUUAAUUGCAAGCGCAGCAUUUUGCUCCUUUGGAUGUUAUCUAUAAUCAAAACAGCUUCGAUAACAAUUCGUUAUAUUUAAUUGUUGAAGGGAGAGUGCAGUUGAUUGAUGAAAGAAAUAACGAGGUUGUGCAUUAGUAUGAGAAAGGACAAUGCUUUGGUAAAUAUGAAUUUUUUACUGGUUCGAAUAGAGAAUUGUAAGCAAGAAGUGAGACGUUUUCGCAUGUGUAUAGUUUGAAAAGAGAUGAUAUGAUAAGGAUUUUGGAGGAUUCUAUGGAUGACAGGGAGAAGUUUGCAAACAUAAAAGAUCAAAUAAUAAUACUAAAUAACUUUUAGAUUAUCAAUUUGAAUUGCUAUUUUUGUAAUGAGUUUACUCACUCUUACAUCUAAUGUCCUUAUUUAUAGUACAAGCCAGAUUUGGAGAGACUGAUAAAGAAGGAAGGUUUCUGUAAAUAGAAUCGAUCCCGAUUCCUAAGAUAUAAAUUAAGAUCAGGAUCUGCCUUGAACUUAUUGAUAGUAUACUAUUUAGAAUGAUUUAAUUAGAUAAAGAAGGAAUAGCAUGAAAAGUUUCUUAAAGAUAUCGGGGUUGAAUUCGAUUCCCAAUCCUCUUCAUCUACCGACGAGAAGGAAUAAUCUCAAUAAUUAUCAAAUCAGCAGAGCAAUUCUAUAGAGAAGAAUUAAGCUAAGGAAGAGUUCCCAUCUGCCAAGAAAGAUUACUUAUAAACAUUAAAUCUAGAAAACAAGUCUUUAAAUGUGAUGGCAGAGAGAUUUAUGAGGUAAAGGAAGAAUCAGAGACAGAAUUCUCAUCAUACUCAUCAAAUGUAGACGCAAGCUAUUAAGACAAUGUAAAUGGAUUAGGAGAUUGAAAACACCAACUUUUCAAAGAGAAAGCGAUCUUAAUCUAUUAAGGAUAUCACAACAAAGAACAAUAGAAGAAGGAACAGUCAGGAUUCGUAAAGUGGAGGAGGAACAACCAGUCAAAAUAAGAUUACUUUGUCUAUAAACAAUACAGCAACCAAGUUGAUGAAUAACAAUAAUCUGAAUAGUAUAAAGUCGAUGAUUGAAUAACAGUUAGAUUUUGUGAAGAUGGCAGAGGAAUUAGAUCAAUAUAGAUUGCAAUUUUUGAAUUGUGAUAUGGAGAGGAGUUAGUAAUUCAAAUACUAUUUGCCUUAAAAUAAUUUGAGUCAAAUUUUAUUGUAGUAUUAACUCCACUAGAAAAACAGCAAGUUCAAAGGCAGAUCUGAAUCCAAUAGAUAUUCGAUAUUUUUCAACGUGAAGAAGUAGACUCAAGCCAGUAGAUCUCAAAAGCAAGCCAGAGGUAGCCGAGCUUAUUCUCCUGGUUCCAAGAAAUUGAUAGGGAAAACCUAAAAAAGAUCAUUUAUAAUUACUCCUUAGUAGCAUAUUGUUAGGGUAGCAUAGAAUGAAACUUAAUGA